AUGACCGACGUCGGUGUCUUUAGGGAUGCAGAGCACAUCGCUGAUGUCUCUGGCAUUGCCUUUGACAAUGUCGAUGUCAAUAGCUCAACGGCAGGCAGCAGCGCCGGCAUUCGUGGCCAGGACCGCAGCCGUGUCAAGAAGCUCCAGACAGCCGCAAAGGUCGCGUUCAUCGAUAGAGCGCUUCGUGACUUGGACAUCUUGAUAUAUUGCCAGCUUUCUGCGCUGUACUAUAUGGACUGCUCUCUGAUUCUUCUUGCCCUCCGUGCCAUUGUACAAUUAAUAUUCUUCACGCCCAAAGCGCCACCCUUCGAUCCCACACGAAAUCAGCCCUUCAUUGGCGCUAUUUUCGCCAGUAAUAUAUUCUGCAUGCUGUUUCAUGGCUUUUUGAUUCGCCCUGAAGUUGGGGAAUUCACUCGUGGAUAUCAACAUGGCGGGCUUUUUAUCGACUUUAUUGGGCAAAAGCCUGUACCCACCUUCCGGCUCCUUGUGUUCGACGUCCUCAUCCUCCUGGUGGAUCUUAUCAUGCUGGCAUUGAUUAUCGAGCGAGUCAAAAUCGUCGGCUCGAGGUCCCUCCUGGCUUCUCUCAGUGCAGGUAAUACAGCCACCGCAAAUGCCGACGCAAGUGCAGAAACAGCGCCGGCGGAUACGCAGAAUCAUGACGCGGAAGAGCGAGGCGUGCGGAAUAGCGACGACACAGCUGCAAUCGAUGGUUCCUCCACGGAUCAUGCCACCACCCAUUCUGGACCUUCUGAUGGAGUUGAUGAUGAAGCCUUCGACGAGAGGACAAGCCUACUUGCGGACCCUGGUAUCGCCGGCAACGGAUCACCGCAAAGGGGCGGCCACCCCUUGGAUUUGUUCGCUUCUGGGCAAUCAAUCAUCAUGGAGAUGGGCAUCUUCAGUACAAUUCGUGAUCAGUGGCAGCAUACAACAAUGCCGGUUCGACGGAACGACGCGGGUUACACCCCACCGCCUCAGGCUGCGACAUUUCUUCGUGAGCGCUUAGGGUUGCAAAUGGGCGCUGAUGGUCGGCUCGUGCGUAUCAACCAAUGA